CUUCUUCUUCUUCUUCUUCUUCUUCUUCUUCUUCUUCUUCUUCUUCUUCUUCUUCAUACCUGUCAUGGAAGAUCAACAGCUUAACCCAUUGGCCAUUACCCACCUCCUCCAACACACACUUCGGAGCUUCUGCAUCACUGAUAACUCUCCAUGGCUUUAUGCUGUCUUCUGGAGAAUCCUCCCCAGAAACUUCCCACCACCAAAAUGGGAUUUUCAAGGAGGAGCUUAUGAUCGAGGUAGAGGAAACAAAAGAAAUUGGAUUCUUGUAUGGGAGGAUGGAUUCUGCAACUUCGCUGCUUCUGCAAUCCAGCAGGCAUGCGGAGCGAGCUCGUCAGCGGCAGGUUAUGGCGAAGGAGGAGGCGAAGCUCAGGCGACCGAUGGGCUUCAGCCGGAGACCUUCUUCAAAAUGACUCAUGAGAUUUACAACUAUGGAGAAGGUUUGAUUGGCAAAGUUGCAGCAGAUCAAAGCUAUAAAUGGGUUUAUAAGGAGCUUACUGCAUCAUCUAAAGAACCACCAGAUUCUCAUCCAAGGACAUGGGCAGCACAGUUCCAGUCUGGAAUUAAGACUAUUGCUUUGAUUGCAGUCAGAGAAGGAGUAGUUCAACUUGGAGCAGUCAACAAGGUUAUGGAAGACCUCAGCUUUGUAGUCCACCUCAGGAACAUGUUUGCAUACCUAGAUGGCAUCCCUGGUGUUUUCUUCCCACACCCCUCAUCAUUUACAAUCCCCACAAGGUUGGAAGACCAGCAGCCCGACGGCUGGCCGUCUCCACCAGUCCCUCACGGAGCUCUCGCGGCGCCGCCCUACGAUCUAUUCGACCAGUUUGGCCAACAGAUGAGGAUAGAACCAUCAAUGACCAGUCUUGAAGCACUACUUUCAAAGCUUCCGUCGGUUGGUCCAGCCUCGCCGGGAAUGUCCCAGCCAUCUCUUGACCUCUACAACAUGCCGGCUCUCAUGACGGGGAUGAGUCGAAGAGCAGCGAUGGACGGUGGCGGCGGCGGCGGAGAAAGAGUUGCAAAGGAGGAGGUUGAUGAGUAUGGAGCAGGGGAGACAAGUAGUUCCUUGCCUUAUUCUUACAUUGCCAAUGUGAACAAGUCAGCUGGAGAGGAAUUUUAGAUAUUCGAUUUGAAAAUAAGCAGGGAACAAUGUAUAUAUAUUUGAUGAAGCUAAUGAUGAAUAUAAUUAGUGUUAUGAUGUAAGAAUGGCAUCAAUGACUUAUUAAU